GAUCGAAAGGUCAAGUGUUGAUUACCUAUUGCUAUCUUUUUCCCGGCCUUUAUUUUGAUCGUUUUAAAACUCCAAUGACAAGUAGCACGAGCUCAAAGUUCAACGAUCAACCUCACAACCUAAUGAUAUUCCAGAAUAAGCUGUGAUAGACCAGUUUCUCGAUCGUUGCAAGACUCGCAAGUUCGAGUUCGUUUUUCAUUUAUCGACAAUAAAAUGGCAGAUCUAAGAUUCGACGGAAGAGUUGCUGUGGUAACUGGCGCUGGGGCAGGUCUUGGUAGGGCCUAUGCCCUACUUUUCGCUUCUAGAGGAGCCAAGGUGGUAGUCAACGACCUUGGAGGCGGGCGCCAUGGGGACGGGAGCUCAUCCAAGGCCGCCGAUGCAGUUGUCGAGGAGAUCAAGAGAAAUGGAGGUAUUGCUGUCGCUGAUUAUAAUUCUGUUGUGGAAGGAGACAAACUAAUAAAGACCGCUUUAGACAAUUUUGGUCGAAUUGACAUCCUUGUCAACAACGCUGGAAUUCUGAGAGAUCGAAGCCUUGCUAAAAUAUCAGACCAAGAUUGGGAUCUGGUGCAUAAUGUUCAUCUGAAAGGUAGCUUCAAAACCACACAGGCUGCUUUCCCCAUUUUCAAAAAGCAAGGCUACGGAAGAAUCAUCAUGACAGCCUCGAACUCUGGUCUCUAUGGAAACUUUGGUCAGGCGAAUUAUUCUGCGGCCAAAAUGGGUUUGGUUGGUCUGGCAAAUACGGUUGCCAUUGAAGGAGCCAAAAGCAACAUUUUCUGCAAUGUUAUCGUACCGACUGCAGCUAGCAGGUUGACGGAAGAUAUCCUGCCUCCGGAGCUCUUUGAACAGCUGAAACCUGAGUUGAUUGCACCUGUCGUGGCGUACCUCUGCCAUGAGAGCUGUCAAGAAAACGGUUCCAUCAUCGAAUCGGCAGCCGGCUGGGCGGGCAAGUGCUCCAUCUUCAGGGCGAACGGUAGCCUGCUGAGGAACGCCAUUGAAGAAGGCGUCACCGUGGAAGCCGUCCGCGACAGGUGGCAGAAAGUCACCAACGUCGCAGAUUCCACGAGGCUGGACUCCAUCCAGGACGCGACGGGCGCCCUGAUGGCAUCCUUGGAAGGACUGAACGGCGGUAACAGAGAAAACGAAGGAGACGAGCAGCCAGACGUGUACGAAUUCACCAGCAAGGACAUUAUUCUGUAUGCCCUUGGAGUGGGGACUUCUCUGGGCAACGAAAACGAACUGAAAUUCCUCUACGAGAACCACGAGACUUUCGAGUCUUUGCCAACUUUCUACAUCAUGCCAGCGAUGCAGGCGCUUUUUUCUUCUACUGCCAUCUCGAAAUCGGUUCCGGGCAAGGAAAUCGGCCUGGAAAGCAUCCUUCACGGAGAGCAUUUCAUCGAGAUACUCGAAGAUUUGCCGCAAGAGGGAAAACUGGUGUCGAAGACCAAAGUCACCGAGGUUUUGGACAAGGGAUCGGGAGCUGCUAUUGUUUGUGACGUUGAGACAUUCAACGAGAACGGCCAGCUGUUGUUCCGCAACCAGUGUGUCACAUUCGCUGUCGGUGCUGGCAACUUUGGUGGCCCCAGGACAGGCAUCAAAGCCGUCUCAUGUCAGCCGAAACCCAAAAGGAAACCAGACCUUUCCCUCUCUCACAAGACUAAUAUUGAUCAGGCUGCUUUGUACAGGCUAUCAGGAGACAACAAUCCAUUGCACAUCGACCCUAACAUGGCACGUUUAGGCGGAUUCGAAACACCAAUCCUGCACGGGUUAUGCACCCUGGGAAUUUCAGUGAGGCUUGUGCUUUCGGCUUUCGCUUCCCACGACACCAAACUCUUCAGAUCCGUCAAGGCUAGGUUUGUUAAACCCGUCAUUCCAGGUCAGACUUUGAGAGUGGAUAUGUGGAGAGAGGGCAACAGGAUUCUCUUUGAAACUUCCGUGGCUGAAACCAACACAGUAGUUAUUGGAGGUAAGUGGUUUCAUUAUUGUAUAGGUCAGCUCGUUUAGUAUCCCCAGUCUGAA